GUCAUUUGUUAUUGUUUUGUUUUCGUGGAUUUUUGAGUUUUUAUUUGUUUUUGCUAUACAAAGUAUGAAGAUUGAAGGAUAUGGUUUCUGCCUGAAACAUAUAGUGUUUUCUGACACUUUAUCAAGUUCCAUCUAAAAUGUCUCAAAUGGGAACUCAUGACUGUUGCUCUGGAAAAUUUUUGUAUCCCAUGGAGUCUUCUAAAAAGUGUCAUGUUCUUAUUGGGUGUACAGGUAGUGUGGCAAGUGUGAAAUUACCUGAACUUUUGAAGCAACUGCUAAAGCAAGCUAUUGAUGGUAGACACAUGGAAUUAAAAGUGAUAGCCACUAAAAAUUCCUUCCAUUUUAUUCCAAUGCAAGAAAUGCCUACAAAUGUUACUGUUUACACAGAUGAAGAUGAAUGGGCAAUGUGGAAGCAAAUGUCUGAUCCUGUGUUGCAUAUUCAGCUGCGAAGAUGGGCAGAUGCUUUAGUUGUAGCUCCGCUUGAUGCCAACACCAUGGGGAAAAUUGCUAACGGAUUAUGCGAUAAUCUUCUCACUUGCACCGUAAGAGCUUGGGAUCGAUUGAAGCCUUUGUUUUUCUGUCCUGCCAUGAACACGUACAUGUGGGAUCAUCCCCUGACUGCCAAGCAUGUGAAACUACUGAAAGAGCUGGGGUACACUGAGAUUCCUUGUGUUGCCAAAAGACUAGCUUGUGGUGAUAUUGGAUAUGGUGGCAUGGCAGAAGUUAGCACAAUUGUGAGUGAGGUUGUGAAUCGGUUAUUUUAAGUGGCAAGAACUUUAAGAAAUCUAUCUUUUUGUUUUAGAAAUUAUAUUUUUGUUACAUUUUUAUGCCAAGAGAUUUGAUUAUCAUAUAUGAGUUAUUGUAGAGAUUGUAUAUAAUAUGUAUGUAUUCAAUUGCAUUGUUGCUAUAUAGAAUUGUUAUUUUUUGAAGCUUUUUAGAUCAUCAAUAUUAAUAAACAUUUUUUUAUGAAGAUAUUUAAAAGUUUUGUUUUAAAAUUAUUUUUUUUUCAUUGAUAAUUUAAUUAUUAAAAAGAAACUUAUAAGUCU